AUCGUAAACGUCAUAACGACAACUUAGCUGUCAUCAAAUUUGUAGUCAAAACAAAACAAUCCACCAAAGCAUCAUUCGCUCGCAGCCGUGACGGUGGACGGAAGGCCCAAGCACAGCUACCGAUCAUCAACAGUAAAGUCCACAGCAUAACACUUCGAUGGCAUCGCCUUCUCAGAGCAGUCCAGCGCUCGGUGCUGGAGCCACAACUACUGGAUCAUCGAAUGUCACCGGAAAUACCAAGGGUUCCGGCCCAGGAGGUUCUUCAUCUGGCGCUGGCAGUAGCGCAACCGAUAGUGCAACACAGCUGCUAACUAAACCACGGCUCCAAGAGCUGGUGCGAGAGAUAGAUCCGACCGAGCAGCUGGAUGAGGAGGUCGAGGAAUUGCUACUGCAGAUUGCGGACGAUUUCGUAGAAAACACGGUCAACGCCGCCUGUCUCCUGGCCAAACACCGGAAAGUUCCAAAGGUGGAAGUGCGAGAUGUACAGUUGCAUCUAGAACGUAAUUGGAACAUGUGGAUUCCUGGUUUCGGAACCGAUGAGCUGAGACCCUAUAAGCGAGCAACUGUUACGGAAGCACACAAACAACGUUUAGCCUUAAUACGAAAGGCAAUUAAAAAAUAUUAGCAUUAACGUACGAUAGAAAUAAUAAUUGGUAAUAAUAAUAUAUCCCA